GCAAUUCUGAAAAGAAUGAAUUCAGGUAGUGAAGGAGGAACAUCAGCAGAAAAGGCUCUUAAAGAGAUUUCUAAGAUUGUUGAAGAUUGCAACAGAGAAGUUGGAAGAAUGAAGCAGAUGGAAGAACUUGUUCAUAUUGCUAACAAGAUAGAAUUUGCAUGCAAGGGGCUACCGCUGGUCUCAUCAUCUCGUUGGCUGGUCAAGCAGGGUGAAGUGAUUGAACGUACAGACAAAGAAAAUAUUUUUGGACAGAAAAAGAACUCUCCUGUCUAUUUGUUUCUCUUUAAUGACUUAUUGCUAGUCACCAUUCGCAAAGGUGUGGACCGUUUUGUGGCUCUUGAUCAUGCCCAUAGGUCUCUCAUUGAAAUCGAUGAUAGUGCAGAGGAUGAUUUAAAUACAGACAAGGAGAACACCUUUCUGCUUGUGUUGUUGAAAAACCAUCGCAAUGUGACCUCCCAACGUCUGCUGAAAGCUGGCACUGAAGUUGAGAAGAAUAAUUGGAUUGAGGCUUUGAGCCCCAGAAAGAGUGACGGAAUUGAGGUGUAUGAAGAAUGGGACUGUCCACAGGUUCAGUGCACAGUUGCCUAUGCAGCCCAGCAGCCUGGAGAACUGAGUUUAGACCCUGAUGACAUUCUUAAUGUAAUUCAGAAAACAUCUGAUGGUUGGUUGGAAGGCAGAAGGUUAGUGGAUGGGGAGAGAGGCUGGUUCCCUCACAGCUAUGUCAAGGAAAUCACCAAUGAGCAUGUGCAGCGGAGACAUCUAAGGCAGCGUUACCAUGUUCUACAAACUGCAAGCAAACUGCUGAAUCUACGUAACAGCUCACGGGAGCGUUUUGUUUCUACCUGUUUUAAAUAAAACUUCACGACAGUAAUA